UCGACUAAUUUGAGGGGGGUUUCACUUCGCCUUAACCCUUUUCAGAGCUAUGGACCCGUUCAGUGCGUACACGCAACAUCCGACCAUAAGGCCGGACGUUUGGUCGAAUAUUGCUUGUACGCCCUGACGAAAUUCGACCAUACGCCAAAAGAGCUUACCGCUGAAGCGGGUAAACAGUGCCGGAAGUCGGGCAAAGGUUUCGAGGGCCCUAAUCGGGCCCCAUGAUUCGGGCCUUUUCCGAGUUUAGCAACGUGGCCCGAUUUCGUCGAGGCGUGUCGCAAGCUAUUGUGUGUCGCCGAUCAAAGGACCUUUCUUCGGCCUGGACCCUCAAAGAGAACGUUUACUUUUGCUAUUAUCGCUUACGGUCGAUCGAUCUGUCGCACUUUUUAGCGGAGCCUCUUUGCAAAUCCGCGCAACAAUGGCCGUUGUUCAAUCGGGGUCACCUGUUGUCCGAUAUAACGAGAGCAGUUCCCGCAAAUCCUUCCUGUCGCGGCGAAACCCCCUCGUGGAAUAAAAAUAAACAAAUAAAAUAAUAAUAGGUCGAGGGAAAGUUUUUUUCUUUAUUAUUUAAGUGUCAACGAUUCAAUGAGAGAGAGAGUAACGCACCGAUACUGACGAAAACGUCCGAACUAAUCUUCUUGAUACUGACCUACAAAGAUGACCAAGAAUCGCGAUUAAUUAUAAAAGUAAUUGAAUUAACUUUUCAUUAUAAUCCUUUAUGCAAUGUGCAAUUACCCUACCGUGAUAUGAGAUGUCGCUUUCAAAAAGCUAACCGAGCAUAAAAGAAGUAAAUUUGUAGUGAAACUUCUUUUUUUACUAUUAAGCGACAACAAUUAACUCAUAGAAUUACACAACGAUUCUAACGAGUAUGCCUACAUAAGUUUUUGUAAUAUAACACAAGAAGUUUAAUAUAAACAGUAUUAAAUACCCAAAAGGGGGAAUAAAAUUACAGGUUUCACAAUUCGUUUCACCCCCGUUUCGAAGCUUGCGAACUUUACACUAUCGCGAUAUAAAAAGCGUGGCUUGCAAAAAAUCCUCUAAUCAAAAAACAGCUGGAAGUAAAAUCUCUCCUUUCAUGAUUAAUUAUGAAUAAUUAAGUACCUCACUCUUCAUUAAAUUACCGUUUCUAAACAUACAACGUAAGAAGUAUCGCGUAAAAAGAUCGCCUCAUAAAAAAAAAGAACUAAACUGGAAAUGAAGUUCCUCUUUUCUUAUUAAGUAUCGACAAUUGAAUGUCUCACUUUCCAUUGCACUUCCGUUUCUUAACGUAUAAACUUCAAUUAUCGCGGCUCAAGAGAUGUCCUCUCCAAAACUCGUGGCAGGUAAAUUAAAACGAAACGAAGGAGGGAAUGAAAAAAUCUAAGAUUAAUAUAAACAAUAUUAAAUACACAAAAGGUAGAAUAAAAUUACAAGUUUCACAUUUCGUUUCACCCCCGUUUCGAAGCUUGCGAACUUUACACUAUCGCGAUAUAAAAAGCGUGGCUUGCAAAAAAUCCUCUAAUAAAAAAACAACUGGAAGUAAAAUCUCUCCUUUCAUGAUUGAUUAUGAAUAAUUAAGUACCUCAAUGUUCAUUAAAUUACCGUUUCUAAACAUACAACGUAAGAAGUAUCGCAUAAAAAAAUCCUCUAAUAAAAAAAAGGUGGAAUUAGAACCUCUCCUUUCAUGAUUAAUUAUGAAUAAUUGAAUACCUCACUGUUCAUUAAAUUCCCGUUUCUAAACAUACAACGUAACAAGUAUCGCGUAAAAAAAUCGCCUCAUAAAAAAAAAAAGAACUAAACUGGAAGUGAAGCUCCUCUUUCUUAUUAAGUACCGACAAUUGAAUGUCUCACUUUCCAUUGCAUUUCCGUUUCUUAACGUACAAACUUCAAUUAUCGCGACUCAAGAGAUGUCCUCUCCGAAACUCGUGGCGGAUAAAUUAAAGCGAAACGAAGGAGGGAAUGAGAAAAAAAAAAUCGAAAACAAAAUCCGCGCCGUUUGACGUAAUACCGAGGAACGCCUCGGAGAUUCCGCCGCGGCGGAAUGCGGAUAGGACGCGUGACGUCCCCGCGCCGCGUUUUCGGCCGUGAAUCAGCCAGGAUUUACCCGGGCCGGUAAUUAUGCGGCUCGGAGGCGCCGCGAAAUCUUCCGCCGCGUGAGUUAUCAUUUUUUAAAUCCCCCGUUCGCGCAUUCCGGGCCCCAAGAAUACCUUUAACAGGAGGCCUCAGGUCCAAGUCGCACUAGUCGGUCGAGAAACAUCAGGACACCGCUUCGCGGUAUCAAUUGACAAAAGUCAAUCGAGGAUAUGAAGUAAACGAGAGUGCGCGAACAGUUUUGAUAACACUUGUUUGGCGAUCAUCUCUUGACACUGCGCAAAUUUGACAAAACUUGACAAAAGUCAAUCGAGGGUAUAAAGUAAACGUGAGUGCACGAACAGUUUGAUAACACUUGUUUCGUGAUAAUUUCUCGACAUUGCGCAAAUUUGACAAAACUUGACAAAAGUCAAUCGAGGGUAUGAAGUAAACGAGAGUGCGCGAACAGUUUGAUAACACUUGUUUGGCGAUCAUCUCUCGACAUUGCGCAAAUUUGAUAAAACUUGACAUAAAUCAAUCGAGGGUAUGAAGUAAACGAAAGUGCGCGAACAGUUUGACAGCACUUGUUUGGCGAUAAUUUCCCGACAUUGCGCAAAUUUGACAAAACUUGACACAAGUCAAUCGAGAGUAUAAAGUAAACGAGAGUGCGCGAACAGUUUGAUAACACUUGUUUGGCGAUCAUCUCUCGACAUUGCGCAAAUUUGACAAAACUUGACAAAAGUCAAACGAGGGUAUGAAGUAAACGUGAGUGCGCGAACAGUUUGAUAACACCUGUUUGGCGAUAAAUUCCCAAUAUGACGGAAAUUUGACAAAACUUCCUCAACAAAUCUGACAAGAGGAACCGAAGCGAGGAGUCCCACGUGGGCGCAGAGAGUGACCCAGGUCACGGUCGGGGUCGAGGCCGCGAAAAUCCCCCCCACUUGUUUCUCCCCCCCGUUUCAUCUGCGAUGCUGCGAAACAUGAGUCUUGUGUGAGGCCAUAAAUGGAGCGUUGAUCGCCGUUGAAGAAAGCGAGGGUGGAGGAGGAAGAGUACGAAGAUGGCUCUGAACCCACGAGGGUUCCUGCUGCUCCUGACCACGAUAUGGACAACCACCGCCCUCGUCACCGCGACGAGUCCCCAGGAAACAAGCCCGUCCAGGAAGGUCGACAUCUCGGACACCUCGAACUCCAUCCGGCCACCGCGAUCCCUGACCAUCCCCAACGCGGCCUUGAACUCAGUGCCAGGUGGCGUUGACCGAAAGGUCACCCACCAGCUAGUAGGGGGUCACCUGCGGAUCACGGAAGAGUCAAGAGUACCCGAGGACCUGGUGGCCUCCUCUGCAGGGAGCGGACGCGAGCGAAAGCCUCCCAAAACCGAGGGCGACGACGAGGACGAGAAAAAGACGCUCUCGCAGCAGGUGAAGGAGGGAAAGUACGGUCUGAUCCAGAACGAGAUCCACCGGGAUCGCCCUGAGCGACCAGGGAUCAUCAGCUACCUGGGGAAUCCGGAAGUGCCCAGAGACACCGCGCGCACCCUGGGCGGCCUGGACGAGGAGGAGAUCUGGCUGGCAGAGAACCACGUCCUAGUGCUGCGAGGAGGGAGGUUUCCUGAGCGCGAAUCGAGCCAGGGUGGGGCCCAGGAAUGGGGCCCGAUCGACGACUACGAGGCCCCCAGGAGGCCGGUCAAGAUCCCGAAGCGACCGCAGGUACCGCCCCCGUUCCCGGUGCAACUCGAGGAAGGGGGGCCGGUGCGAGUCCUGGGGAAAAACGGAAGCGAGACCAGAAACGACACCCUGGAGGGGGUCACCUCUCCUCCGAGGAAGGGGUUCCUCCCGGGGCAGGGGCCGUUUUUCGCCGACGUGGGAGGCCCGUCUCCGGGGCGCGUCGAGGGGACCCCGGCUACAGGGAAGAACACGACCCGGCCGCCACUAGGAGUCCCGGGACCUUUCUUCCCGGCGCUGCCUCCCGGGGCCGUAUUCGUGCCUCCUCCUGGGAACCACUCGGACCACGAAGACGAGGACCAGUCCCUUUACUACCCUCCACCGUACAGCUUCCGGUACGAGCAGGGAAACUCGACGGAAGUGCCCCCGGGUCCCCUGGUUCCUGGCAUCAUCCUGCCCCCGCCUCCUGACUUCUUCUUGGGGGAGGAGGAGGAGGAUGAUACCGCGAAGAAGACCCCGAAGGACUCGCCCGUUCAACCUGGAACUGAGAGAGCACCUCCUCGCUUCAGGAAGACGAAACCUCAUAAGAGUUAUAGCAUCCCAGUUACUACAACGAGCGGGCCCACCCUGAGGACGAGGUUCCGCUCGAAAGGGGUCGGCAAGACGAAGCUGAAGAACGCAACGGGCUCGCCCUGGAAGACUGGGGCCACGAGGUAUGAUACUACCGGUAGCGAGAGGCCGGAAGUUUCUACUGCUGGAUAUGAAGUGAAGCACCAGGAAAUGGGACCUGAAUUGAAGCACGUGGGAGUAGCCUCGGAAGUGAAGCACCUGGGAGUAGACUCUGAAGUGAAACACCUAGGAGUAAGACCUGAAGUGAAACACCUAGGAAUAAGAUCUGAAGUGAAGCAUGUAAGAGUAAGGCCUGAAGUAAAGCACCUAGGAGUAAGGCCCGAAGUGAAGCACCUAGGAGUAAGGCCUGAAGUGAAGCAACUGGGAGUAGACUCUGAAGUAAAGCACCUGGGGGUAGAGACGGAAGUGAAGCACCUGGGAGUAGAACCUGAAGUAAAGCCCCUAAGGGUACAGUCUGAAGUGAAGCACCUACGACCCGACUCCGAUACCGAGCACCGAGUAGAAGAGAAGACCCCCUGGACCCCGGGGAGGAGGUUCAGUCCUCUAGUCGUCUACUACCCGUCGACCCCGUCCUCGGUGGACCAAACCGUGGAGGCAACCCCGGCACCCUUGGAGACCGUCGUCACGGGGCGCCCCAACCACGCGUCCUACUACUUCUACGGGGACUCCAGCGACAACGGGCCCCUCUCCGAGGGUCCAGUCACCUUCUCGACGACGACAGAGGCCCCGGUCUUCGGAGUCCUGGAGCGACCAGCCGAGGAUCGUCCGAAACCGCAGCAAUCCUACGACGUGGAGACCUUGCCGUCGCGUCAGACCUCCAGAGACCGGGGCCUGGUGAACUCCAUCAACUUCGUGGAGGAGUCUCGGGCCCUGAACGAGCCCCAGGUCGUCCCCAGGACGGAGAGCAACCCUGCACACCUGUUCCUCCAUGUUGUGACCCCAGGGCCCUCCUCUCUGCGGAACCUCCUCUCUUCUAGCAAACCUCGAACAUACCUGGGGAGCACCAGGGAGGAGGGGUACAACCUGGCCCCGUCAACGGGCCCAAAACCGAUUUACCAGUUCAGCUAUGAAGCAGCUAACUACCCCCAGCAGAGUCGGAAGCCGAUACCGGAGCCUCAGUCGGAACCGGAACCAGUGUCCUACGAGUACCAAGAGAUCAGAGAUGAGGUCAACAGAUACGAGGAUUACGGGGUCGAGGAAGUGCCGAGGGAGCAGCCGCAGCAGAGGAGGCUGCCACAGAGCGGUCAGAUCCCCUCGGAGCUAACCUACCCGGAGGUGGAGGCCACCACCCCCAACCCGCGACAUGCUUUCUAUACCGAGCAGGACGAUCAACUCCUGGACGACGUCACCAGGGAGUACUUCACCAUCUUCGGGAAGAGGCUAGGCGGUGGUAAGGCCCCGACAGGCACGACCCCGCUGUAUCCCGAGGGAGUCAACGCGAUCACCGACCGGCCGCCUAUAAAAAGCAUGCACCUGCGACCUGGCCCAGGAAUAGGGCCCGGAAGAGGGCCCCAGGUCAAGGUGCACUACGGGGACCAGACGCAGCGCCCUUUCUCGCUCCACGGAGACACUCUGGUCAACUAUCGACACCCAUUACCGCCUAUUAACCCUGACAGUGAGCCGGUCCCAAUCGUCCAGGGACACGGUGGGCCCUCUUCAAGAAUCCGGGCCCAAGAGUUCGAGGAUCGGGCCCAACGGUUUGAAAAGCAGGGUCAUAGGAACCUGGGGCCUGAUUACGCGGUUCAGAGAGUGGUUCAAGAAGUACCUGUUGCACCUGUUGCGCCCACUGCGUCUUCGCUGGGACUUUUGGGGCCCUACAACCGCCGGGGCCAGCCGGACCGCGGGGUUGAUUUAUACCCACCCUCGCCCGUCGUGUCCCUCGAGGGCGACAUCGCCGUCAACUACCGGCGCCCCAGACCCCCCAUCGACCCGGACGCCGAGCUGAUUGGGCCCGUUCGCGACCGGGCCAGCUCCUACUUCGCGUACCGUCUCCCCGGAGACGGUGGACAUUUCUACUUCCUGACCCCGCACACGGUCGCUCAGAGGCAGGAAAGGGCCGGUUACCUAUACCCCAGGCCCAGGGGCCCGAGGCGGGCCCGAAGACUGCGGACCCCGGCUAGAGCUUGACCGGACAUGCCAUAUGCGAUUUCCGGGCCGCAGGGGUCCGUGAUAACCGGUAUCGAUCCCGUCAUCCCCUUGUCCAUUGACCCAGAGGUUACAAGAGAUUUCGAGUGGGCCCAAUCUAGGGCCUGACCUGGCAUGACAUUCACGACUUCCGGGUCGCAGAUAUUCGUGAUAUGCGGUAUCACAUCCCUCUUCCUCUCGUCAAUUGUCCCCUAGGUCGCAAGGAAUUUGGAAUGGGCCCAAUCUAGGGCCUGACCGGACCUAACACUCGUGACUUCUGGGUCACAGAUAUCUGCGAUACGUGAUAAAAUUGCCCUUCUUUCCCUUAUCCAUCAUCUCCACCCCGAGAAAUUUCGAUUGGGCCCAAUCCGGGGCCUGGCUAGACAUGACAUUCACGACUUCCGAGUCGCAGAUAUCAGUGAUAUGCGGUAUUAAUCCCCUCUUCCCGUUGCCAAUUCGUCCCGUAGGUCGCGAGGAAUUUCGAUAGGGCCCAAUCUAGGGCCUGACCGGACCUAACAUUCGCGACUUCUGGGUCACAGAUAUCCGCGAUACGCGAUAUAACUUUCCUUCUUUCCCUUAUCCAUCAUCUCCACCCCGAGGAAUCUCGAUAGGGCCCAAUCCGGGGCCCGGCUAGACAUGACAUUCGCGAUUCCCUGCUCGCAAGUAUUCGUGAUAUACCAUAUUAAUCCCCUCACCCCUUGCCAAUUCGUCUCCUAGAUCAUGAAAAAUUUCAAUCAGGCCCAAUCCGGGGCCUGGUUAGACAUGACAUUCGCGAUUCCCUGCUCGCAAGUAUUCGUGAUAUACCAUAUUAAUCCCCUCACCCCUUGCCAAUUCGUCCUCUAGAUCAUGAGGAAUCUCGAUAGGGCCCAAUCCGGGGCCUGGCUAGACAUGACAUUCGCGAUUCCCUGCUCGCAAUUAUUCGUGAUAUACCAUAUUAAUCCCUUCACCCCUUGCCAAUUCGUCCCCUAGAUCAUGAAAAAUUUCGAUAGGGCCCAUUCCGGGGCCUGAUUACACAUGACAUUCCCGAUUCCCUGCUCGCAAUUAUUCGUGAUAUACCAUAUUAAUCCCCUCACCCCUUGCCAAUUCGUCCCCUAGAUCAUGAAAAAUUUCAAUCAGGCCCAAUCUAGGGCCUGACCCAUCAUGCCAUACAAGACCUCGAUCCGCAGACAUCCGUGAUAUGCUAUCACUCCCCUCUUCCUCUCGCCGAUUACCCCCUAGAUCAUAAAGAAUUUCGAUCAGGCCCAAUCUAGGGCCUGACCGGACAUGCCAUACCCGACUUCCGGGUCGGAAAUAUCCGUGAUAUGGGAUAUCACUCCCCCUCCCUCUACCUAUCACCCCCUCCUAAAUUUCGAGCUAAUCAAUCGGAGAUUCCCAGAAACUCACGUCGUUCGUCCUACUAGAUAUUAAGCGAUUGUACAUAAUUUAAUUUAAUUAUUUAAUCGCACCCUGUCCUUAUUUCGAAUGUAUCACCCGGGAGAUAGAGACGGGCCCGAUGGGGCCCGAUGAUCAAGGGCAAGUUUCUGUACGCGUGUGUAUACCUAAUUGCUGUAUCAGCAGGAUGUACCCCCUAGUAUUUAUUCCGUGUAUAUAUAGCCAGCUAAGUUAGCGAGAUAAUAUUAUUGCGAGUUGCGCUAGAGUGCUUAAUUUAUGACGUUUAAUUUACUCGGCGAAGGCGUUAUCGGCUCUCGUUACACGCCCCCCCCCCCCAGGAUCGAAUAUGUUACAUUUGCAUACCUGUGCGUUGUACCGUCUGUGAUUAACGAUUGAUAAGUACGUGCAUACGCGAUCUAUAACGUCGCCCGAUCGAGCGAUUAAUAAACUCCAGUUAUCUAUU